AAUAACAGAAACGCGGCGAUUAUAAUUCUCCUCGCAUAAUGAGAACAACUAACAGGAACCACAAAAGGGGAGCCUCUACAUCUGAUCACUAACUUUUCAUCCUCGACUACAUUUCAUUUCCUUGUUACAAGACCAUCGGAAAUUAAUUAUUUGUGUGUGUUUUAUUGAUCGUGGAAUAUUUACAUGCAUUUUAAGUCCUAAAAUUUUGGUCAACGCUUUCCUGGAGCUAUGAGCGCUUUCCCAGGGACCAUUCCCAGGAUGAUGCGCCCAUCACUCUCUCCAAACUAUCCCCGCAGUGGAUUCCCCAUGGAGGUGUCAACUCCGAUGGGUCAGGGUCGAGUCAACCAGCUCGGGGGAGUUUUCAUCAACGGCCGGCCUCUGCCCAACCACAUUCGGCAUAAGAUAGUAGAGAUGGCCCAUCACGGGAUCAGGCCCUGCGUGAUAUCCCGCCAGCUCAGAGUCUCUCACGGCUGCGUCUCCAAAAUCUUGUGCCGGUAUCAGGAGACUGGAUCCAUCCGGCCUGGAGCUAUCGGCGGGACUAAAUCCAAGACGACAUCUCCGGAUGUGGAGAAGCGCGUUGAGGAAUAUAAACGGGAAAAUGCUGGAAUAUUCAGUUGGGAAAUUCGGGAUAAAUUGCUCAAAGAGGGAAUCUGUGACCGGAACAACGUACCCACAGUGAGUUCAAUAAGCCGCAUCAUGAGAGGCAGAUCUGGCGCUCGAGCUGACGAGGAGGAGGAAGAGGAUGAUGAAGAAGACAUUGAGAAAUGCGAGCAGGAAGAAAACGCCCGCCGGGGAGCACACAGCAUCGAGGGGAUUCUAGCGGACAGAUCGAGUCCAUCAGACGAAGGCUCUGAAGUGGAAUCUGAGCCUGAUUUGCCACUGAAAAGGAAACAGCGGCGCAGUCGAACCACAUUUACAGCCGAUCAGCUGGAGGAGCUGGAAAGAGCUUUUGAGCGCACACAUUACCCUGAUAUUUACACCAGAGAAGAGCUCGCACAGAGAGCUAAACUCACAGAGGCACGAGUACAGGUGUGGUUUAGUAACAGACGAGCUCGUUGGAGGAAACAAGCGGGAGCCAAUCAGCUGGUGGCAUUUAAUCACCUGAUCUCUGGUGGUUUUUCACAUCAUGCCAUGUCGAGUCUGUCCCCAUAUCAGCUAUCAGAGAGCCCGUAUCCACCCGCUGCUCUUCCUCAAGAUUCAGGAACAGUUCACAGACCUCAGCCGCUGCCGCACUCCAGCCAUCAGAGCUCCGGAGGGGUGGGGCCAGAGGGCGGGGCUUCCUACUGCCUCUCCAGUCGCCAUGGUUACACAGGAUAUUCAGAUGCCUUUGGGCCUCAUAACACUCACACUAACAACGCCCUCAACAACGGACUGUCAUCUCAGGUGAUGGGACUAAUAACCCCAUCAGGAGCAUCUCAUCCGACUCAAGCGGAGUAUUCUCUGGAUUCGAGCGGUUCGAUCAGCAGCUCCUGUUCUCAGCGAAUGGAGUCUCUGUCCAGUUUACCUGCUCUCUCUAACCUGUCCAAUCCACAGUCCUACAGCUCAGCCUCUUUCUACAGCCUGGAGCACAGCGGACACUAUCAGUACAGCCAGUAUGGACAAAAUUCCUUUCAUUAUCUGAGACCUGAAAUUGCCUGAGCAUGUUGACCAGAUCAACCAUCACAAAAUCCUGCAUUUUCAAAGUUGAAGCUUUGCUUGUCCACAAAAGACAAAAUGAAGCAACUCAGACUCAUUGGAAAUGUGUACUUCACCUUACACUGUUGCAAAAUGUAAAAUACGUUGCUCCAGGUACGUUUUGUUGCACGUUUCAGACGACAAAUCCACUAGAGGGUGCUAUCUACAAUUCUGUAAAUCUGAAAGAUAUUACUUG